UCGACUUCAACAUACUGCGCACGAACAACCGCGUCUGAAGCAGUGUUCCUCACCAUCGUGCGUACGGUUACACGGUGUCAGUAAUUAGCCCCAUUAAAUCUGCGUUUAAAAUAUCUGACAGUUAUUAAGCUACAUAGAGAGCCUGUGAUCUAAUUCAUUGCCUGCAAAUUUUGAUUAUUUACGUUUAUACCAGUAACCAACAGCAAAAAUGAAGACUAAAUUCAUCAAUGGCGUGUCUUCCUCGCCUACAUUGUCUCUGGGUUUAUUGGUAAACGAGAAUGUUCUCGAAGUCCAGCCAGACAGUGAGAAUGACUGCAAAGACAUUAUUCGACCGGAUGUGCCCGACAACCAGACGAAGCAUAGGGCGUAUCUGUGGUGUAAAGAAUUUCUUCACGGAGCCUGGAAAUCCAUAGAUGAGGAUGAUUUCCAAAUCUCUAUUAUCAGGGGAGGCCUCAGCAACAAGCUGUUCCUUUGCGCUUUGCCAGAGAAGCAACCAAGCAUUGGAGAUGAACCACGAAACGUGCUCCUUCGCCUGUAUGGACAAAUUCUGCAGGGAGCUGAUGCCAUGGUACUGGAGAGUGUUAUGUUUGCUAUCCUGGCCGAGAGGGAGCUUGGGCCCAAACUCUAUGGCAUUUUUCCACAGGGGAGACUGGAACAGUUUGUCCCUAGUCGAAAAUUGUCCACAGAUGAGCUGAGUGUCCCUGGUAUAUUUGCUGAGAUUGCUGAAAAGAUCGCCAGAUUUCAUGGAAUGAGAAUGCCCUUCAACAAGGAGCCAAAGUGGCUAUUUGGCACUAUGGAAAAGUACAUGGAUCAAGUGCUUCAGCUCACCUUCACCAGGGAACACCAUCUACGAAAUUUCUCCCGCCUUUUGAGCUACAACUUGCCUCAAGAGAUGGACAGUCUAAAGUGUCUACUUGAAUCUACUCUCUCUCCUGUUGUUUUCUGCCACAAUGACUUGCAAGAAGGAAACAUCUUGCUCCUGAGUGGCCGUGAGAACACAGACAGACAGAGGCUCAUGUUGAUUGACUUUGAGUACAGCAGCUACAGCUACAGAGGAUUUGACUUUGGAAAUUUCUUCUGUGAGUGGACUUAUGACUAUACCUAUGACAAGUUUCCAUUUUUCACCACGAACACCAAAAAUUACCCUACCAAAGCACAGCAGAUGCAUUUCUUUCAGAGUUAUCUGUUGGAAUCUCAUGCUGGAUUUGAAAACUUGAGUGAGGAGGACCAGCUGAAACUCAAAGAGGAUAUGCUAGUGGAGGUUAACAGGUUUGCUCUGGCCUCCCAUUUCUUCUGGGGAUUGUGGUCCAUAAUCCAGGCCAAAAUAUCAACUAUUGAAUUUGGGUAUAUGGAGUAUGCCAUGGCCAGAUUUGAUGCAUACUUUGAGCUGAAAAAGAAGCUCAUGGUUUAAAGGAAACAUGCAUAAAUUCCCAACCGACAGAAGGAAGAGGGAACAACCGCUCAUAUGGUGUCAAGAAAAGAGCGGAGCAAAUUUCGAAUGUGCUUGAAAGAGGAUGCUCUGCAUCUGUAGUGAUUCAACCGUGCUGCAUGGACCAAAAUCAAUGCAACGGAUAUAUUUAAAAAAGGCUCUGUGCAUUGAGUGUCCACAUAUGCUGCUUCUCAGUGUUUACAAGUUUAAGCUUCUCACAUUUAACACACCAGCCUGAGCUUCUGGAAAGUUGGAGAAAAAUUGUGGAGAAUAACAAGGUCACGUGCCAAAAAAAAAAAAACAAGAAAAAAAAAGAUUGUAGGUCAGAGCUUAGGAGUGCAAAAUAUCUUAUGCAGCUGCAGUUUGAUUCAUAAGUCAAAGAAUGGUGUGGCAGAAAGUUCUUCAUACUACCUUAAACCUUGUGGUGUUUCUUAUCACCUAGUCAUCUGCUGUAGUGUUAUCUAUAUAACCGGUGAUAGAAGAUGGCAGUGAAAGAGUAGGGUUCAAAAACUGGGCCUGUUACCAGAAAUUGGUACAGCAGACCAAACUGUGUUGCCACUGUGGUUCUGAUGAUUCAGUAUUGUGUUUCCAAGUUCUCCAUUUCCAUUUUAUGGGGGGGGGGGGGGGGGGGGGGGGGAUGUUCUUUUUACUGGAUGAGUUACCUCUUUUCUACUUCUAGUAGAUCAUGUCGUAUUUGAUUUUCUAGUAGAUCCGCAUGAUGUGAAGUGAAAUACCUGUGGGACUGCACCAUCUGCGUGCUCCUUAGGAGAGAGAUGGUAUGAAAUAUCUGUCUUAACAGUGGAAAACUUUAUGGUUUUGACCAUAGUGAUAUCAUUCACCUCUUGUUAGAGGUGCUUGUUUAUUUUAUAAGAAUUUGAUAAGUAUGAGAUCACCCGCCUGUAUAUGAUUUGAGACUGAAUUGAUAACUGUUAGACAUUCAUAUAAAACUUUAUAUCAAUCUGUUCCUAAAAUAACAGCCUUUUGUAUAACAGUUGGUCCAAUUACAAUUUCGCAGUGAAUGUUUAUGAAUGUUUAUUCUCCUUUUCUGUUUUUUUUUUUUAAAAAUGCUAUAAAAUUGUUUUACAAAUGAACAAUAUUUACUUAAUGCAUUUAGUUUUGCAUUUUACUUUAUAUAACCUUAAAUUACGGUAAAGUAAUGUUUAUUUUUUCAUAUGUUUGAAAUGUAGGUAUAGUGAUACAAUUGUAUUAAGGCAGUCUUGCAACAGUAAUGUCAAAGGCACUUUCUGAAACAGUUCUGUGAAACAUUUUUAGUACUUGUAAAUGUAACUUUACUAUUAUUUUUCUGUAAUGGAAGAUGUAUAUUUCUUAAUAAGAAAGUGUUAUGUGUCUUUACUGAAAUAAUGUAAGUGGAUCUCUUGGGCCCCCUUUUUUUUACUGUACCACACUGGUGAUCAAUUUAUGUCUGUUUUCACACCACACAUCACACAUAUCUUAAAUCAUAUAAAAUAAUAUAUAUAUAUAUAUAUAUAUAACUGGUCUCUAUGAAUCUUAAUGAAUUUUUGCAACAUCAGUAAACAGGAAAAGUGAAAGUAUAAUGUUGAAUGUAAAAAAACAAAAAUAAUUGAAUAUAAUUCCUUUGUAUUUUAAAAUCAGCUGUCUAAACCUAACUUAACCAUCUGUUAACAUCAAUAUAAAGCCUCUGAUGCUUUUUCUCUAUAAACACAUUAAAUGUAUAAAUAUAAAAAAUGAGGAAUAGAAAAAGAAACAUGAUUUACACUUCUCCUUAUAAGAAUAGAAUUCAACCGUUUGUAAUGUACUAAUUCAUGCUUUGCAUAUGUGAAUAAAGGGUUGCAAGAU